AGCUGUGCAAACACACAAACGCACAGGAAAUGACUGGUAAAUACGCAAUGUGUAGCAAAAACACAUUAAGCUGCUGUGAUGGUAUAUAGGUAUGUGUGUGCACACGUGUUCAGCAGUGUGUACGUUUUGGUAAAACGUGCCAGCUGCUAGCUCUGGCCAUCCUUACGCAACCAGGAUCAGUUGCAGCUUUGCUUUCACACUUCAUUUUUCCACAUUGCAUCAUCACACCUAUAAUCAUCAAAACACAUUACUGAGCUUUGGACAAACUAUUUCAACCGUGGCUAUCUAGUGAUUAAGCGGACUAAAAGUCACUGGAUGUACUCAGUGAUGGAUAGAAACUGUUUAUGGGCAUAAAAAAAAAUGUGCACUAGAAGUAGAUAGAUAGAAUCUGCUAUCAGGUUCAUGACAUAUUGUGACAGUAACUUAUCUGGGAAUUCCAAUGAGAAACCAUUUAUAGAUAAAAUAGCCACCUAUUUUUUGCUUGCACACCCAAGAUUAUAUUUUUUUUUACUUUAGGUGCAUAAGAUAAAAAUAACAUAUGUAUAAUCUUUCUGUGCUCCAGCCCCUGUUCCUUAACUUAAAGUAUUUGUUUCUUUAGUCUAGAUUCUUGGUUUUUAAAUGAAGAAGACUGAGUGGAUAUCAUUUUUAGAUUUUUUUGUUUUUUUUUAAAAACAAGAUAAUUUGUAAUUGAAAAUUAACUUAUUUUUAAGUAGAAUUUUAUUUUUCUCUGUCUGAAAAAGGAUGCUGAUGCAUUGCUGCCAUUAAAAGGGCAAAUACUUUGAAGUAAAGAUUACAACAAAUAUCCAUCAUCUUAUGGUAUAGAUUAUCAUAUCACCUAAACCCGCUGCUGGGUAAGAAGAUAAGAGGAGUGGCUUUAGCAACCAGAGACAUUUGUCAUGAAUGAAGGUGAGGUCAGAUGAGCUGAAACUUUUAGUUGUACAACCUAUCAAUAUAUCAGCUGAUAGUAGCUUAUUUUGAUAUUACUAUUAAUGUUGAUCAUAAAGUACCAAGAGUAAAAAUAACAAUAAUAAUUAUAAUAACAAUCCACCAGAAAGCUCUGAAAUAUAUUUUUGAGUUUUAAAAUGUCUCUCAUCAAAUAUACCAAAAAAAAAAAAAUUAAGGGUUCCAAUUUUUUUUAAAAAAAGUUGACUUUUUUUUAAUACAUAAGCAGGCUCACGGGCCUAAAAAAUAUCCCUUUUUGGUCAGACUGUCAAAACAUACACAUUCAUACUGUCGAACAUUGUAUCUUUGUGCAGUUUGUAUUUUGGCUGUCAGCAGUCACAGUGAAGAAAAUUGGAGUGCAUGUUAUCCUCAUUAUGUAAAUUCUCCUCUGCAUCCCAAAUUGUCUGUCAUUUUCAAACCCAGUAGAUCCAAAUUUGCUGCACCCAAGUGACUGUACUUUUCAGCUCAUGCUCUGGCUAAAAGGCGUACCCUAACACCCCAUCUCGACUUGUGUUGGCUGAGUGGGUGCCAUCUCCGUCAGCUCGUGCGGCCUGGUGAGCUCCACAAGGCGAAGCUGGACUGAAGUGAAUUGAUUCACGAGGAUUAGGGAUUAAGAUUUCCCCGGCCGCUUUGGUGGAGCAAAUCUGGGGAUUAUGAUGUCAACAGCCUGUGGCUGCUAGGGAGGAAAUUGAAUUGUAAGGGACGACAGCGCUGAUGGCCCAGGAUUACAGCACAGUCAGUGAGAAAUCAGAGAUGGGAGUCCAUGUCUGUGCCUUUCUCCUGCUCAGGAAAACCUCCAUGGGGAACCAUUUACAGCCUUUGGGGAGAAGAACUCGCUUAUAUAGUAGGACCAACUCUAAGUAAAUGUUUAGGAUGUUGACUGAGUGAUUAGAAGCUUUCUGUGUCACUGGUAAUCCUGGCCUAGGAAGCAUCAGGUGCCAACUCCUGCAGCAGCUGAUCCUGCUCCUGCUGCUGCUCCUGCUCCUGCUGCUGCAGUCAAACUUGAAGGACUCACCAAAACCAACAAGAUGAAGGUGAAAUGGACCCAGCUGGGUUUGGUGUUCUUCCUGGUUUUGUCACUGGUGAUGACAGGAUGCUUCUUCUGGCAAUAUCAGCUGCCAAAAGUGUUGCCAGAUGAAGCGAUGGGUCGCAAUGCCAAAUCUGAGAUGAUGUGUCCCCGCUUCCCUGAGCCCCUCCCCCUGGAGCAUCCUAUCCCGAGUCUGAAAGAGGCCCUGGAAAAGGUGGACGUUUUGCUUCGACAGAGCAUCGACGCCAUCAGCCUUCCUGCUCUGUCGGCCAUCGUAGUCUUAAAUGACACUGUUCUGUGGACUGGAAACUUUGGAAAGAGGAAUGGCAGCGACCCUUUCUCAGGACCACCGAACGAGUACACAAUCUACAGAAUUGCCAGCCUGUCCAAAAUUUUCCCGACGCUAAUGCUGUACAAACUGUGGGAGGAUGGCAAGAUCGGCUCCCUAGAUGAUCCUCUGGAGAAAUACAUAGAGAACUUCACCAUUAAAAACCCUCUGGGGAAGACUCGAGACUCAGAGCUGAAAUAUGUGACAGAUGGCCUGAUAUUUCUGGACAGUGGCGAGGUUCAGAUCCGCUCCUCCUCUGUCACCCUGCGCAGGAUGGCCAGCCAGCUCUCAGGUCUACCCAGAAGACUGCGGGCCACAAAUCUGCUUUGGAAAGGGAAAACACAGUCGGCAAUCAAUCUACUACAAGACGAUGUCCUUGUUGCAGAUCCAGGCACCAAAUGUCACUACAGUAACCUUGCCUUCUCUCUGCUCGCUCAUGUGAUGGCAGAGCGAGUCGCUGGAGUUGAAUACCAGAGAUGGAUCACUGACAACAUCCUGGACCGGUUGGGGAUGGAAGACACCGGCUUCGACCUCAGCCCAGGGCUGCAGAGCCAGAUGGCUGUGGGAGUGUACUCCAAUGGAAAGCCGGCCCCGCUCUAUGACCUGGGCUGGUACCGGCCCUCUGGUCAGAUGUUCUCCACAGCUGCAGACUUGGCCAAGCUGGCCAUGAUGCUGCUGGGUGCUUAUCACCGCAAGCUGCUGGAGCCAGACUCCUUAAAGAUCAUGCUGACUCCACUCUUCAGAUGCGAUAAGGACUACUUUGCCAACCGUACUGGAACACCGUGGGAGGUGAAUGAGCUGAUGGGCUACGAGAUGGUGCGUAAAGAUGGUGAUCUGGAUGGCUACUCUGCCACUUUCUCCCUAGUGCCCAGACUGAAGCUUGGCCUGGUAGUGCUCAUGGCAGGCAGCCGGUCUCAGAACCAGGAUGUGGUCACAAAAGCCUAUACCUACAUUGUCCCAGCCAUAGAGAAGGCCUUCAGGGGCGCAAACAAGGUCCUAACUGCUCCUCCAAACCCAGAUCCUUACAUCGGCUUUUUCACAUACAGCAACAUUACCUUCUAUGAGAUCAAAGUUGGGCCAGAUGGAGUUCUGAUCAUGCAACAAUUUGGUCCUCAGAUUGAAGAGCUGAUCCCCGAGAAGUACAGGACAAUAAAACUCAAUUACCUGGUUGAGCGAGUGUUUAGAGUGGUAUUUGAAAAAGAGUACCCGUGUGUUUUGCAAGUCGGCACGGCCUCUGUGUCACUGGAAGCACAAGAUGGCCAAUUAUUUAACUUCUACAUAUUUGACAAGCAGGGGUUGUCCCCUGGUUUUGAUGCACCAGGCCUGAAUACGUAUAAUGUGGUCCGAAUAGCCCGCAGGCCAACCUUCUCCAGCUGAACAGCAGCACUGCUGAGGCCCAAAGACAAACAGUGUGUCCUUGUCCUUGGUAUUUAUGAGGAUGCUGUGAAUAUUGAAAGACUGACUGGAAAAGUUGGGGUCACUCUGGCGGAACCAGAUUGGAUUGUGGUCUUGAUUUACAGAGAGUGAGGAGAAGGACAACAUUUCAUUCAUCCAGCUGUAUAAUAUCUUUUAUAGAAAAUGAAUUCAUUCCUCUGCUGAAUGAUUUCUCUGAAUGCCCUCCUCACGUUGGUCCUUCAUUACGCCUCUGAGCUUGAACGUUCUCAUUGUGGUGAUACAGUGCUUGUGUUUUUCCUGCCUUCAUUUAAAUCACUCUCAGACUGUCAUAAGUUUUAAAAUAAUUGGUUUUUCAUCAGAUAGAAGAGCAGAGUGGCUCCUGUUGUGGUCAUUUCCAUCAAUAUUUACAUACAUUUUCAUCUCAAUUCUUGAACUGUGAUUGCAGCUGGACAAAAUCUUUGACUCAUUCAUAUUCAUCCUCCACUAGUGAAAAAAAACCCCAAGCAUUUCUUUGUAUUCCUCUACUUGUGGCAGGUAACGUCAAGGCAUUGUCGUGGUAAAAAUGACUAUCACCUAUUAAAUGGAACUGAUGAUUUAAAAUCAACAGUCUUGCACUUGUGUGACUAAGAUGCAAAUUGAUUUGGGCUCCACAAUAAGAGGCAAUUAGGAGCAGGUUGGUUGUGUGAUUUUUUUUGCUGUAUAACCGCUAUAAAUAGACUCUAUACCAUGCCGACCUGUAGCACCAGUACAAAUUAUACACUGCUCUGACUGCUGCAUGAAAAUGACACAUUUAAAUAAACAAAAAUAACCCUCAU